CUUUACAGGCGAAGAGCUGUUCAUCUCGAACGAGCCAAAUAAUUCAUGAAGUUACACUAAACGUCAUCAUACCGCCAUUGGCUGGCACACGUCAUCAAAUUGCGACGUUAGUUUCAUUUUGUAAACAUACGUUUGCAAGCUGGAGACUAAAGUGAGGGAACUCAUGGAUAGUCUUGUAAAGGUGCACGGAGGUGGGGGCUAUGACUCCGACUUCAGUGAUGACGAUAAUGAAGGGCAGGGAGAGUCCUCAGGGAGUGGCCUGAAAAGGAAACGUGAGGAGGAAAUAUUACAGAAGCCAUUCCAGAAAGGCCGGCACUCCCAAAAGGCUCACCGGAGUUUACACUCCAAUGAAGUGGACAGAGAGGAAGCCAGAAAUAGAAGAGCCCACCUGAUAUCAUUGAAUGCUUUUGAGCGACAUAAGAAGUUUGUCGGUGACUACAUACUUUAUUAUGGAGGACAGAUGGCCGACUUCAAACGCUCUAGAGCCAAAGACAAAACAGAUGGGGAUGUGCUGCGUGAGAAUCAUCGCUUCCUCUGGAGGGAUGAGGACGAGGAAGACAUGACAUGGGAAAAAGAACUUGCCAAGAAGUAUUACGACAAGUUGUUCAAAGAGUACUGCAUAGCUGACCUCAGCAGAUACAAGGAAAACAAGUUUGGAUUUCGUUGGCGGACCGAGAAUGAAGUUGUUUCUGGCAAGGGUCAAUUCCAGUGUGGAAACAAACGCUGCGAGAAGGAAGAAGGCCAAAAAAGCUGGGAAGUGAAUUUUGCCUAUGUGGAACAUGGCGAGAAGAAAAAUGCAUUAGUCAAACUCAGACUAUGCCCUGAAUGCUCUUUUAAACUCAAUUACCACCACAAGAGGAAGGAGGUGAAAGCAAAGACUAAUAGGGUAUCCGAAGAGAACCAGGAACCACCACAGAAGAAAAAGAAGAAGAAGAGGAAGAGAUCGUCUUCACAUUCCAGGAAGCACAAACACAAGAGACACAGAGAUUGCUCCGCCUCUUCUAGCAGCUCAGAGGAGAUGCGGGACUCAGACAAAGACUCUGACGCUGGGAAUGAGCCAGAGGGCCAAUCGGAAGCCGACCACUGGCGAGGACCUGCUCCCACAGUGGAGGAAAAGUCAAGGGAGGAGGAGUUUGAUGAGUACUUUGAAGACAUGUUUCUGUGACUACUGCUUUCAGCAGGAGCCCUGCUGUGAGAAUACUUCCUUCUGUGCGCCACUGACAUUAGGCAUGUCUUGUUUAGAGUCUUGUGUGCAUGUAGUUUUCCUUGUUGCAGUACUUUUGCAGAAAUAAACAUGAUGCUACCCUGUA